AUGGAAUGUAUUUACGAUUGUGAAGAUGAUGUCUUUUUCUUGACAAUUCUAUCGAGAAGGAUAAGAAUGUCAUUACGUGCUGUCGAUGUUCUUGAUCUAUACGUUGAACCAUUCAUUCAUUCUGGUUUCCGAUUACCAAAUCAACCUUAUUCAUAUUAUUAUCGUUCGCUGUUUUUUCUACAUAAUGAAACCUUAUCCGUGUGGAUUCAUUUACUCGGUACAUUGAUUCUUAUUCAACAAAUUUAUCAACAGAUUCUAUCUUUAUCGAAUGAAUUGUAUUCAUCAAUGAUUUGCUUUUAUAUUAUUUAUAAUUGUAUCGGUGCUUCGAUUAUGUUAUUAUGUUCAGCACAAGCACAUCUUUUACAUUCACGAACUAUAGCUGAUCAUAUACGUUCGUUCUAUUUGGACUAUUUUGGUAUAAAUUUUUAUGGUUUCACAUCGGGUAUUGUUCUUCGACGAUUUUCACACGAACAAAAGUUUCAAUCAAAUCAUAGUCAACUCGAUAUGAAUUCCAAUAAUGACAGAUAUUAUUUAAUCUUAAGUCUCUUGUCAUUAUAUUCAUUAUCGGUUGCGUGUUUUUGUAAAACAUUUUAUCGUCGACCGUAUCCAUAUUCUCACAAGUUUUUGCAAUGUUCAGGUGUUUUAAUAGUUUAUUCGUAUCAGAUUUGGCCAGUUUUGAAAAAUUUAUUCUUUGCUUUUAUAUUCAUGAACGAUGGAAACAAAGAACUACAACUUGAAUCCGAACAAAAGGCUCUUUAUUGGCAUUUUUUUCAAUUGAUUUCAUUUAUUUUAAGUGGUCUCAUUUUUGUUGGAAGAAUUCCCGAACGCUUUUGUCCCGGUUUAUUUGAUCUCUUUGGGCAAUCACAUCAUGCUUUUCAUCUAACUAUAUUUCUCAUGGCUUAUUGUCAAGCAAAUGCAGUUUUUGAAGAUAUGCGUUCUCUUACAUCGAUUGCAACGAAAGAAUAUGAUUGGACUAAAGAUAUAUGCUACACUCUGAUAGUACUUAUUCUGCAAUUACUGACUGUUCAUCUAUGGUUUCGUAUAAGUCGACCGACAAUUGAACAAAGAUAUCGCGUCGAAUUAGAAAAACAAUUAUAG